GUGCUGAAUAAACCAGAUCGUGGUUAAAUACAUUUGUGUGCAUUGCUUACCGGAACAACAUUUGAAUUGUAGCAACGCAAAAGCAGCUACGACAAACCAUCCCAGCUAGAGAGAAUAAGAAUGAAGCGUGAAAUGAACGAUGCAGGAGACGGACCACAGGACCAGAAGCGCAACCGCCGCAAUGAGGACACCGUGCGCAUACUAAUCCCAAGCAGUAUCGCUGGCGCUGUGAUUGGCAAGGGAGGACAGCACAUCCAGAAGAUGAGGACUCAGUACAAAGCAGCUGUGUCUGUCGACGAUUCCCAAGGCCCCGAACGGACCAUCCAAAUCUCGGCGGAUAUCGAGGCUACUCUGGAGAUAAUCACCGAAAUGCUAAAAUACUUUGAAGAGCGCGAUGAGGACUUUGAUGUGCGCCUAUUGAUCCAUCAGAGCUUGGCCGGCUGCGUUAUAGGCAAAGGUGGACAGAAGAUCAAGGAGAUACGCGAUCGCAUAGGCUGCCGCUUCUUGAAGGUAUUCUCCAAUGUGGCUCCGCAGAGCACAGAUCGCGUGGUGCAGACGGUGGGCAAGCAGGCCCAGGUCAUCGAGGCGGUGCGCGAGGUGAUCACCCUCACCCGGGACACGCCCAUCAAGGGGGCUAUCCACAACUAUGAUCCGAUGAACUUCGACCGCGUCUAUGCGGAUGAGUACGGCGGCUAUGGCACCGGCAGUGGCAGCACUAGGCCCAGCCAGCGAGGAGGCAACCGCAACGGGGGAGCAGGAGCGGCUGGUGCUGGUGGCGCUGCUGGUGGCGGCAACGGCGGAGGAUUCGGUGGUAAUGCUGGCGGAGGACGCGGCAGUGGCGGUGGAGGACGUGGCGCCGAACGCUUUGGUGCAGGCGCCGGAGGCGCUGGCGUAGGAGGAGUCGGCGGAGGUGGCGGCAUGGGACAGCGGGACAAUCCCUUCAUCAACCCGUGGGCCAACGGCGGUGGCGGUGAUGUGGAUGGCUUCGGCAAUGCUAGUGGCGGUGCCGGCGGCUUUGCAGGCGCUGGUUUUGGCGGAGGCAGCGGCGGACCCUUUGGCGGUGGUGGCAGCUUUGGCAACAACGGCUUUGGAGGCGGUCCCGGUGACUUUGGAGGCAACAACGGCAGCUUUGGCCAGAGCCAGGGCAGCAACAGCCUGCCGAGUCUCGGCAACUUCAGCCAGAGCCAGGGCGGCACCAAUAGUCUGCCCAGUCUGGGCAGCUUUGGCCAGAAUCAGGGCGGCAACAGCGCCUUGGGCAACGGCCUGGGCGGCGGCAGUGCCAACAACGGGGGCGUUGGAGCCCUGGGCGGUGCUAAUGGCGCGGGUGGAUUCAACGCUGGCGGCGGCAGCGGCGGCAACGGGAGCCCGAAUGCUCCAACCAAUGUGCCGCAGGGUCAUGACCCCAACAACAGCACACAGGUCACCAUUCCAAAGGAGUUGGCUGGCGCCAUCAUCGGCAAGGGAGGCGGCCGCAUCCGCCGCAUUCGGAACGAGUCCAGUGCGUACAUAACCAUCGACGAGCCCCUGCCCAACUCGAACGAUCGCAUAAUCACCAUCUCGGGCACGCCCAAGCAAAUACAAAUGGCCCAGUAUCUGCUGCAACAGAGGUUGGUGUCGCAAACAGACUAAGCAGAUCAAAUGUGCACGAGAAUGGCAGGCGGAACAUUUAAGUGGGCAAAUACAACUUUACCAACAGCAACAUGC